AUUUUUUUCUUCUCUUCCGAAAUCAAACAAUCCAUUCAUUUCCCCUCAAUCAUCAUCUUCUGUCCCACUCAUUUUCCCCUUGUCAUCGCUAUAGAUUCCGCUCACACACAAACUACACAAGCAUAACAUGUUUGGUUCACCACGUAACCACCAGUAGCAUCCAUGUUCUAAUAACAACACAAUUUCUACACACUUCUAUUGUACCGGUACCUGAUCAUGACAAUGUGCUUUAGCUUGACCGAAACCAGAAACCGGUGCUACCGGUCAGCCUUCACAGGUUCGGGUCUCCGAUCGACCAUCAUGGACCUCAGGGACGGAACCGUCAUGCACUGCUGGGUCCCCAAAACCCGAGCCUCUUCCAAACCGAACCUCCUCUUAAUCCACGGGCUCGGAGCCAACGCGCUCUGGCAAUGGGGUGACGUCAUCCGACACGUAACUCCACACUUCAACGUGUACGUUCCGGACCUCCUGUUCUUCGGCGGGUCCCACACGAGCCGAGCCGAACGGAGCGAGGGGUUCCAGUCGGAGUGCGUGAUGCGGGUGGUGGAGGCGAACGGGAUGGUCGGGCGGGUGACGGUGGUGGGGCUGAGCUACGGCGGGUUCGUAGGGUACCGGAUGGCGGCGAUGUACGGAGAGGAAGUGGUGGAGAGAGUGGUGGUGUGCUGCUCGGGAGUAUGCAUGGAAGAGAAAGAUAUCAAAGAAGGGUUGUUUCCUGUUUCGGAUUUGGAAGAAGCUGCCUGCAUUUUGGUGCCUCAGAGUCCGGAGAGGCUGAGGGAGCUUGUUGGAUAUACGUUCUUUAGGCCUCCUCCUGUUGCUUGGUUGCCUUCUUGCUUCCUCUCUGAUUUCAUUGAUGCAAUGUGCAGGGACUAUGUAGAAGAACGGAGAGAACUAAUCCGAGCCAUUGCAAAGGACAGAAAACUUUGUGACAUCCCCAGGAUUUCUCAGCCUACGUUAAUUAUCUGGGGAGAGCAUGAUCAAGUGUUCCCUUUGGAGCUUGGUUACCGAUUGAAAAGGCAUUUGGGUGAGAAUGCACAAAUGGUACUAAUUAGGAAUGCAGGGCAUGCCUUAAAUGUGGAGAAGACCAGUGAAUUCCUCACGAUAUUGAUAUCGUUUCUAGUGGAUUUUCAGCUACCUCGAGAGAGCCCAUUCAUCAUCAACUGUGAAACCAACAAUGGAGUUUGAGUAAUCAAACAGAGCACAUGGAGAAAGGAAAUCUUCACAUAAUAACAGAAGAAGAAAAAAGCAGGUUUCCCUGAAUAUUGGGUGACUCUGUUGAGACACAUUCUUUUUAAAAUUUGGCUGGCUCUAAAGCUGAGGUGAGGCCUGUUGGCUAUUUCCAUUGGAAACAGUUAAAUGCAAAGGAGUUAAGUGGCUUGUUCGAUUGGUAGAUUUCGAGUCAUUCUUAGCUACUCUGGUAGUAAAUAAAAAGAUUUGUUCUCCAAUUAAUUUAUGUCACAUAUAUUAAAAUGACUUUAUUAUAAAUAACUAUUAAUGAUUUAAUGAUUUUCCAUUCA